AUAUGGAUUAUACUUUUGUAUCAAAAUAUAGCAGAGUAGCAUACAAAUUGUACAAUAGCAAUCAUGGGGGUAGAUACAUAGUAAACUAUAGUCUAUUAUAGAAACUGGGCAUGUUACGACCAUUCCUGACAGUCAAGAGUCAAGUGCAACGCAAAUUGACGCGAGAAAAACUGGAGAAUCGCCAAUUGAACGUGACUUGUCUCCUCGCAUCGGUCAUUGGACAUAUUGCGGCGGCUAUAACUGUAAGCGUGCAUGAGUUGCAGUUGUAGACUUUAGGCUAAGACCGAAGGCUAAGACUAUAUACUGCCGACUCAUUGAGUGAUAGUAGCUAUAGCUUUGUUUUUUCGACGGCUUUCUUCUCGUUACUGAAGAGUUUUCGCAAGCGAAAAAAGCGAAGGUGAGAAGAAAGCAUAAGAGAGAAAAAAGGAAAACAGGACACGCAAUAUACCAGGAGCUGUUUCAGUUUCGAAGAUCAGUACAUAGCAUAGUUCAAAGCGACUAAACAGUUCACCGGUUGCCUACCAACUAUAACUACGCUAUACUAUACAUAAUAGCUAUAACACAGCUUUUAGUACUUGGCUGUAAUUAUCAAAAAAGAACGAGAAUUUCGUGCGAGUCGCGACUCCCUAUAUAGCGGAGCACGAGAACUAUAGCGGGAGAGCGAGCGAGCGAGAGAGAGAGAGAGAGAGAGAGAGAGAGAGAGAGAAAGCUGCAAGCGCGGCCGCCGAUCCGACUACCAGAAGUACAGACACGCACGGUUUUUCACUUUUUACACGCCCUACGCGCACACCUAAUUAUACCUGAGCACUUGGAGUCAACAUGAUUAUAACGAUAAAAAAUCUCUGGCAACAGACGUUUACCGUCGAAAUCGAUGCUACGAAAACGGUCAAAGAUCUCAAGGAUAAAAUCGAGGCACAAAAAGGAUUUCCAUCUCAACACCAGAAAUUAAUUUACGCCGGAAAGAUACUUACCGAUGAACAGCCUCUAACCGAAUACAAUAUCGAUGAGAAGAAAUUUGUAGUUGUUAUGGUCUCCAAGCCCAAAAAUGAAGCAAGCACAAGUGAUGAAACACAGUCUGGGACAGAUAAUACCAAGAGUAAAGAACAAACUGCUCCAACAUCAACACCAGCACCAGCACCAGUUCAAACGUCAGUGCCAGCGCAAGUAACUGAAGCAGCCAGCGUUCAAGCACCUAGUUCUGUACCAGUACCCACGACUGCACCUACGCGCACACCUGAAACUGCUACACAGCAACCAACGCCAACUUCUGUGGCAACUUCCAAUCCUCCAGAAAGUGCUUUAUUAAUGGGUGAAGAAUAUAACGCAAUGGUUAAUAAUAUUAUGGAUAUGGGAUAUGAACGAGAUCAAGUGGAACAAGCAUUAAGAGCUAGUUUUAAUAAUCCAGAUAGGGCAGUAGAAUAUUUAUUGACUGGUAUACCUGCUCAGCUCUUUGAAGAUCCUCCUGAAGAAGCAGCUGAAUCGCAGGAUGCACUUCCAGCUGAUGCAGGUCAAGAUCCUUUAGCAUUUUUACGUACACAACCUCAGUUUCAGCAAAUGAGACAAGUUAUUCAACAAAAUCCUCAACUACUUAAUCCUGUACUUCAACAAAUCGGACAAACAAAUCCUGCGCUUUUGCAACUUAUAUCACAAAACCAAGAAGCUUUUGUACGAAUGCUCAAUGAACCAGUUGGAGCUGCCAGCGGAGGCUCUACUCCAGCAUCUGCCAUAUCAGCAACUCCACCAGUGGCACCAGGAGGACUUGGUGCAGGUGCAGGAGCAGGUGUACCUGGAGGUCCUGGAGUCAUUCAAAUUUCACCACAAGAUAAAGAAGCUAUUGAGAGAUUAAAGUCACUUGGUUUUCCUGAAGAUCUUGUUGUUCAAGCAUACUUUGCGUGUGAAAAAAAUGAAAAUCUUGCCGCUAAUUUUCUACUUUCGCAAAAUCUUGACGAUUGAGUAUACUAGAGCAAAUGGACAACGUACAUCAUUAUAUGGACAAACGAAAUUUCGUUAAGCCCAAUCCAAAAGUGUUUUAUUUCUUGCUAUGUCAUAUGAUAAUUGGCAAGUAACAAUUACAUUAUCAAAAGAGAGAAAAGAAUAAAUGUUAUAUUUAAAGCGUAGAUCUUCAGUUUAAUGAGGAACAAUUUCAGCAGACUUGCUUUGCUUUAUACUAAAAAAUGUUAUAUAAGCCACACAUAACUGCAACAAUAAUUAGUAAUCAUAAUGAGAAUACAAGAUUGUAUAAGUACAUUUUGUGAGUGAUGCAUCACAUAUGUAUCGAAUUUAUUAUAAUACUGUACAAUUAUUUUUCUGUUGAAAGAAACAUUACUGUAGUGAAAUUGUAUAUAUGUACAUAUAUGUACGUCUUGUGUUCUCAAAGAGGUAUUAAAAAAAAUUUGUUUCUUUCUUCUUCUUUAAAAAAUACAUUUUUAAAAGGUGUACUGAAAUACAUCCUAAAAUAAGUACAUGUAUAUGUUGUAGUAUAAUUAUAACUAUACACAUAUGUACUUACAUAAGGCUAUGCAAUUAUGUAUGUAAAUGCUAUUUGUUCUUAUUAAUAUUUCCUGUAACAUAUCCUAUAACAUCUUUAUAAUGUUCAGUAUAAGGUGUAUUUCUUUAGCCUAUUUUUUUACAUCCUGAUAAUUUAAAUUAAUUUUGAAAUUUGCUCAUGCUGCGUCGUUAAAGAAAAUAUUUAUAGAAAAAGCAGUUAACAAUUUUAUAUAGACUGAUCUGUCCUCAAGCAAAUCAAGUAGGAGAUUGUGCGAAUGACAAUAGUUUUUCGCCGAUAUUAAAAAUGUCCAGCCUUAUAUAUACGAUUCCUACGAGUUACAUUAUUGGUCACACAUAAUAUUAUACUUUUUUAUCAAAGACCAAUAUAAAAUUCAACUUUCGCGUUUUGAUGUAACAUUCAUUAAUAAACGUAUUUAAAGAACAUACAUUAAUAAAAUCUAGAAUUAAUUUCGAAAAAUGUGGAAUUUUUUAUAUAAAAUUUGAUGCCUCCAAAAUGAGAAAUAAAAAUGUACAUUGUUGAAGUUCAUGCGCUAUAAGUAAUUCAGUGAUUUCUCUAACUUGACAUGUACAUUUUACUUUUUAAUAUUGCUGCUUUUAAUUAAUAAAAAUGUUUUGACCAAGACUUGCAAAAAAAGUAUUUUAUUGAAAUAAAAUAUUUUAAUAUAAAUAGAACCUUAUUCCAAACUCAUUUAUAAGGCCUUAAAAAAGUAAGUAUAAUAAUUAGGUAAUUCUUAAGCAUAUACACAAAUUAACGUUCUUGAAUUAUCAGCUGAUAAAACAUUUAUUCAACUGAAAUCAAGAUUUUUGAGCAUUAUAAAAAUUUAAAAUACAAAGAAUAAACUUCUCAAAUAUUGUGCAUAAAUACUUAUGCAAUGAUUUUAUGGCUUGUAGUGAUAAAAUUACAUUUGGUAAAUUUUAAAAAUGCAUGUAUUUUAUUAGGUACUCUUAUAUAUUAUAUUGUUUACAAUACAAAUACAUUACAAUUUUCCCUUAUGUAUUUUUAAAUUUAAUUGGUAAAAUUAAUUUUACCAUAUUUAAUACCACAUUACGUGUAUUAAAAUUAAUAUUGAACGCAAUAGACAAACUAAUAACGAGUCCAAGUUCGUUAAAAUAAAGGGAUCUGUUAUCUCAGUGUAUAGAUUCAUUCAGUGUUCAAAUCGAAAACCAUUUUUUUUUUAUAAAUCUUACAAAUUUGAAUGCAGUUUAUUAUUAUCAUUUACUCAUGUUUAUACAUAUUGUAUGUACAUUUAUAUAACUUGUAUAAACGCAGUCGAUAUACGCAAGUCUCUAAUGAUUAAAUAUUAAGCUUUCAUAAAGUUUUAAAUAAAAUUCAUAAAAUUUUAAAUAAAUAUUAAAAAAAAAACAUUUCUAACACAUGCACGAACGUUCUUCUUACUUUUACCAGCAUGCGAAUCAAAAAAAAUUUCCCGCUGAUAAAAGUUGAUUUUGCUGUCGUUUUCAAAAUUUUUAAGUUUUUUUAUUUAUAUCUACGAAAGACGCGAAAAUUCAUACGUUCAUAUUUUGACCUCAUGUGUAUGGACCUUAUUGCCUUCAUCUCGUACUGCAAAUGUCACACUCAGUAAAAAAAAAAACCACUUUAU